AUGCCGACCGUCAUCUCCCUCCCUCCGCUCCAAACUGACUGGAUGAAUCGCAAUGGAAAAUGGCCCGUCUCUCCCUCUGAGACCAUGCAUGCACCUGUGAAAAACGACUCUGCCUAUAACUCCGACUUGCAAGAAACCUUGAACCCCGCGAAGCUUCGUCGUCGAGCCUCCCAGGGAUCUUUGCGGACACGUCCCUCCCCCGUUUCCCGCUUCCUCUCGAAGAGCAGCGUGGCCGUGAACUUCCCAUCCUGGGAACACCGGUCCUCGCAUGGGUCGACUCGGUCUGAAUCCCGCACCAGAUCCGCCGACUCUCGCCUUCGCCUUUCUACCACCGUGUCUCGCGGGCCGAGACCUCUCACUGCUUCUUCCUCGUGGAACUCUCCGCCUGCAUACCAAGGCGAAUACCCCACCACGUUACCCCCCACGCCGCCUGAGGACGAUAUCCCCGUAGCCUGGGAUACCAAGUCUGAGAUGUUGCUGUUUGAUACACACCAUCCGGGCAACAUGCCCAUGAUGGAUGACACGCCGAGCGUGGACAACUCCUCGACAAAUGGAACGUCAGAUACAUUGAGCAGCCCAUCAGAUGGGCUAUCACAUAGAGGCUCCAGCAGCUCCGGCGGUAGUCCGGGACCUCGCGAUGAUAUGGACUGCCAGCAAGAUAUGGGGUCAUGGCUGGAUCAUGGCAUCAAUAUGACUGCUUCUUCACUCUCUCUCGCCAACCCUCGAGGCGAGGCUGUCAAAAUCGUUUCCCAGACCCUCCCAUAUCCUCAAACAUCUGAUCAGUCGGUGUCAUUACCUAAAACCGACAGCGUCUUUUGCUCCAUGGUUCAGGCCGUCCACAACCACCUCCAGCCUGGCCAAUCUCCAUAUAUCAAUGUCACACACGCAGUGCCGGAGCACUUUAGUCUCUCGAAUCUCCCCCACUCUCCACCCAGCACACCGCGCUCCUCAACUUCUGCGGAGGAUUACUUCAAUGCCACCGUCUUCUCCAGUGCGGCGGUCGUCGGAGCCUAUCACGAUUACCGUGGUCCCCUCCAACGGCAAAUGACUCAUGCCCCGAUGCCCAUCGUGCCUCCUCACAGCGUCCACAUCUCCGUUCUCGAGCGCUAUCUCCCUCCACCUUCCGCUCAAGAAUACCGUGAUGUGUUCUGUCCCACCCGUCCGUCGUUCCUCGUUGAUCGCAUGAGCGAGCUGUCGCCCAACGGCGGCUCCCUCCUUUUCGUGUACCCUACCAAGAAGGGUGCAUCGACCUUCAAAUCUCAAUACCUCGGACCUAUUCUCGACCCCCUCCUCCGCCAACUCGUCGUGGUGAAUGAACUCUCCGCAGACGUGGGCCGCUACCUCGGCAAACUCUCCUCGGUCUCCCAGAUGGACGACUUCGCCACCAUGAAGGCGAACAUCGUCGCACUCUGCGAGUCCCUCAGCUCUCCCUCCUCCAAAUUCCACGUCGCAGAUGCUGGCCGCGGAAGCACCCAUCUUGACCGCAACCAAUGGUCCGAAUGGUUCAUCCACCAAGAGAAAGCCCGCAUGAAAGAGGUCCUCAGUCUAUACUGGCAGAACGGCCGACGCUCGCACAAGUCGAUGGGCCCCGGUUCCGGCAUGAUGGGCAGCAAAGAAGUCACCUCAUCAGGACUUCUGAGCGAGAUCUGCGACGGAAUCCGCAAACGACGAUACGGCGAAGACAACGAGCCUCGAGACGGUAUCGAGCUCGGAGUCUUCGUCAUCCGUCGAUCCAACUAG